UAUAUAUAGGUAAUCUGUAUGAUAAUUAUGACUUACAACCUAUGAAUAAUUUUUGGAGUAUAUAGAAUGAAGAAUCUGUAAAUAAUUGUUUAAGAGUGUAAUUACUGUGAUAAGGGGAUAUUCUUAUAAGCAAAAGUAAUAAGUUAAGUAGUUUUUCAUUCAAAAUGAACUCAAUUUUAAGAAGUGCAGUGAGACCCUUACAUCGUUUCUUAUCAACAACAUCAGUUAAGCAAUGCGCCGUACCACCUAAGUUAAAACCAAAGAAAUUUACUGGACCAAUCACAUGGAAGUCAAUGACAGUUACAGCGCUUGUCGGUGGUGGUCUUACAGGUUUUAUGUUGUAUGUAAGAAAAGAAAAACAAGACGCGAUAGAUCGUGAAAGAAAGCGGCAGCUCGGCAAGGCCAAAAUAGGCGGAACAUUUGAGUUGGUAGAUUCUGAAGGAAGAACGGUAAAAAGCACAGAUUUCCUUGGCAAAUGGUUAUUAAUAUAUUUCGGCUUCACACAUUGCCCCGACAUAUGUCCGGAUGAGCUGGAGAAAUUAGCAGAAGUUGUUAACAGACAUGACCAGACUCCAUCGGCACCACCUCUGCAGCCUAUAUUUAUUUCAGUUGAUCCCCAGAGGGAUACACCUGAAAUAGUAGGAAAGUACUGCAAAGAAUUUACACCGAGAUUGUUAGGUCUAACAGGAACUAAGGAACAAGUACAACAGGCGUGUAAAUCUUACAGAGUUUACUUUAGUGCUGGGCCUCAGGAUGUUGAUAAUGAUUAUAUUGUGGAUCACACAAUUAUAAUAUAUCUGGUGGAUCCCGAUGGAGAAUUUGUUGAUUAUUAUGGACAAAAUAGAAAUGCAGCAGAAAUUCAUGAUUCUAUGCUUGUUAAUAUUCAAAAAUAUCAACAAGGCAAAAAGUCAUCGUGGUUCUAAGAAAAGCAUUUAGAUAUUGUAAUUUUGUUGUUCCAGAUAAAAUUAAAAUAAAUUUAUUUAUUAUA